AUGGCGGCUGUGCCGCAGACCACCCUGGCGUGGCUUUGGAACGUUCUUACAAAGAACCAUCAUGACCCCAAACAAACCUACCGCGAUCCCAACCGGACUUACCACGACGUCGCUCGAGCGCUGGCGCAAUACCCAUCCCUUGGUCCUCGCACCGAUGUCUACACGCACGAAAAUGGCACAUCGUCGCUUCUCCUCCACCUUGUCGGCACCUUACCUGUCCCCUUUCGCGGCGCUGUGUACAAUAUCCCCAUAGAUAUCUGGAUUCCAAAUGUAUACCCCCUCGAACCCCCGAUCGUCUAUGUCACCCCGGCUGCAGAUAUGGUCGUGCGAUCGGGCCAACACGUGACACUGGAAGGACGAGUUUAUCAUCACUACCUGGCACAUUGGGCCGAGGCCUGGGAUCGAGUGUCGAUAAUCGACCUAUUCAACGUCCUACGAGACAUUUUCUCAAGAGAGCCGCCUGUCAAAUCCAGAGCUCCACAGGCGCAACCUGAACGGAGACAAGCAGCCCCUCCUCCUGUUCCUUCUCUCCCACCUGAACUCUCCCCGCCAUCGAGGCCAGUCGAGCAGCCUACACAGCGCCAACAAACAUUGCCAACAGCACCCCAAGUUCCUCCGAAACCGGGUCAACAACCUCCACAAAUACAAUCUCCACCCACCUCGGCGCGAGCGACUAGAAAUGGAGCACCCCCCUUACCUCCAAAGGGCCAAAUAGCACAAGGACAAGGGAAAUUUUCCCCCCAGUACAGACCGGACGAUGGAGCAGCUCUCUAUACGCCGCAAAGGCAAAGUAGUUUGCGCGCAACCAAUCCGAAGUAUGCACCAGCUAUGCCUACAAGACCAAAUUAUACCCCAGAUAGUCAUCCAAAUGCUCGCCCAAUUUCUUCCUUACAUACCCAGACUCCCGGUUAUAUCCCUCAACAAGGACAAGCACGACCACCUUCGGGACAGUUUUACCAGCCACAUCCUCAUAUCCCCCAACAGCCCCAGAACCCACAGCUUGCUUACCAUCAACAAUACCCGCCUCCACCGACUCAAGCUCCAUAUCGGCAAGCUCCCCAGCAACUUCCACCUCAAUCGCCACCUCAAGUACGGAAGCCAGAAACUCCGGACCUCUUGACAUCGCCUUUCGAUGUCGAGCUGCCAUCAAUAGCGCCAACAGGACCUCCUCCGCCUGUUCCCCCGAAUCCUGAGAAGGACGCGCUGUUACAUGCUCUGUCGCGCACACUGACAGAGAAUCUCCAGUCAAAUGUAUCACAAUCGAGAUCGGCUGUAGUGCCGUUGCAAUCCCAGGCCCAUGCCUUGCACGCAUCCAUGAACACUCUACAAGGAGAAAUUGCUACAUUGAACAACUUCCAAGCAACACUGCAGUCAAAUAUCAGUGUCCUUCAGCAAUCGCUGCAUCGUGCCGAUGCCGUGAUAGCCGAUGCCAAGGCACGGAUACACCAGAGCCCUGCCGGAGCUACUUCCGGGACCUCUACUGAAACAGGAUCUUCUGCAGCUAAUGCCGCAAAUGGCGGAUUACCCCCGAUAGACGAUGUUUUAGUCGCACCAACAGUUGUUGGAAAGCAGCUCUAUGACCUUGUUGCAGACGAACGAGGCAUACAGCAAGCCAUCUAUGCCCUACAGGCGGCACUAGUCAAAGGCGUGAUUGGAGCAGACACAUGGUCUCGCCAUACACGGAGUUUAGCUCGAGAAGCCUUUAUCAAACGUGCUCUUAUCAGGAAAAUCGGGGCAGGGAUGGGCUUGGAUUUAGGAAAA